AAACCGAAGCUACCUCAUUCAUUUUCACCUUUCAUUCAGCUACUCCACCGACCUGAACAGCCACCCCCCACUACAGCCAUCUCAAACGCCCAAAAAUUCCGCAAAAAUGUUCUUCGGCCUAAUACCCCUGAUAAAAAGUCCUCCCCCCCUCCUCUCCAUCCCAGCCCUUGUUCCCAACUAACAACUGCCGUAGUGAUAAUCCUAAUGAUAAACGCAAUAGCAAUCCUCUCAGAAGACCGGUUCCUGGCGAGAAGUAUCCCCCCCCCCCUCCCCGACGAAGCUGGCCACAUUCGCUAAUUGUGUUUUUUGCGUAGUUGGCUGGAGUACUGCCACCCCCGUAGAACCGCAGACAUUCGGAAUGCAGCAGCAGAUCGCCGCAAACGAGAGCAUUAAGGCCAAGACCAUGAAUCUGAUUUCGGCGACGAGGACGUUGAUGAGGAGUGAGUUAUUCUCUUUCCGCGCUUCGGCGGGUGGCGAUGGCGGGAUGUGGGCUAAUGCGGGUGUAGUACCGCUCAUCGGGAUUAAUUCGUUAUUGAUUAUUUAUGAGCUUUUACUUGGGUGAAGGGGAUGGGGAACGGGAGAUAUGGGGUUCGCUGGGGUGAGAGUCGGAUUCAUCUCUGGUACUAGAGACUGCGGGUGUAAUGUUAUGGAUGGGAGGAUUGAGCGGUGUUUUUACUCUGCUAGAGCCCAUUGGGAGUGGAAUGGAAGUGCUACUGGAAGUUGCUUUUCUUCUCCUUCGGGAUUCUUUCAUGUCGCCGGAUGGGCUUUUGAUUGUGCUUGUACGAUAUGUUUAGCGUGCAUUGAUUGAAAUAUGGUUUCUCGAUAUCCUGAGGCUAAUGGUCUGGAGGGUCCGGUGUGGGGGGAUUAUUUCUUUGAGUCGCACUAUGCCGGUAAGGCUCGCGAAAGAGCCGUUUCUAGAAUUUGGUGUCCUAAAACCUUGACCGAGCCGAGAUCGAGUUUCGAGUGAUAGUAGGUGAAGAUUAUGACCCCUAGGCUGAGUCUAAGGGUGUUAAAUAUUAACCUCCCUCUAUCAUUGCUGGCGGGCGCCGGUGUCACUAUUAAUUUCUAUCCCGAACCCGAUGUCGAUCCCCUAGCAUCACUUCGACCUCUCUCUCCAUCCCCUCCCACACCCUUCCGGGGUGUC